AUGUCCACUGAAGAUAAAUUAUCAGUGCUUUCGGCAGCUUCCCCCUCGGGAAAGCGACCAAAAGAUAUUUCUGAACUCAAAAAACAGCGAGGUAAUUUAAAAGGUCGGUUAACACAAUUUAAAAAAUAUUUAGAUUUUUUGCCUUCUAAUUCUAUAUCUCAAGUUCAAGUUAAAGAAGUUAAAUUUAGAAUGCAAGCAGCUCAAGAUCAUUUUAAUACUUUUAACGACAUUCAAAAUCAAAUUGAGCUCAUUUUACCCGAGUCGGAAUAUACAGCGAACUUUGAGUAUGUAGAAUCUUUCGAAUCAUUAUAUUUUAACGUUUUAGCUACAGCUGAAAGUAUAGUCGAAAAUGCCGUCGAAAGUCUAAAAUGUAACAGUAAAUCGUCAGCGCAAUCGAAUGUUAAACUGCCGGACAUAAAAUUACCCUCCUUUGAUGGUUCAUUUGAUCAGUGGUUAGAAUAUAGGAAUUCGUAUAUUACUAUGAUACACAAUCGUUCAGACUUAGACGAAAUCCAGAAAUUUCAUUAUUUAAAGGCUUCACUAAGCGGUUGUGCGUUACAAGUUAUAAGCGCUUUAGAAUUUACAGCGAGUAAUUACGUGCAUGCCUGGGAUCUACUUCAUAGUAGAUUUCAUAAUACGCGACUUCUUAUACAGAACCACUUGAAAUCAUUAUUUUCUAUCACUCCGCUUAAACAGGAAUCCCACUUGCAGAUUCGUAGGUUAAUAGAUACUACACUCAGAAACCUUCGUGCUUUAAAAUCAUUAAACGAACCUACUGAACACUGGGAUACAAUAAUUAUAUACUUAGUUGUAUCUAAGUUAGACGCAUCUACUGAGCGGGAAUGGGAGAAUUUUAAGGGAUCAAUUUUAACUGAUUCGAACAAACGACUAAAAUUAGAUGAUUUAUUGUCAUUCUUAAGAAACAAAUCGAAUACUCUGGAGAUGAUUAGUUCUAGUCAAAAUAAGUUGCCUCAAUGUCAUUCUGCAACGGAAUGUAUGUUCGGACCGUGUAAGCAAUGUCGGAACAAACAUAAUACGUUAUUACAUGUUAAUAAUAAUUUAAAUAAAUUCGAAUAUACGCAAAGCGUGCGAUCAGCUGAUUUCGGCGAGACUCGUGAAGCGGCCGGCCCGUCGACGGCGCUUCACAGUUUAUCUACUAGCCACGCGCUGCCGCGAAACGCAUUACAACCGGUUUUGCUAUGCACUGCGUUGGUAGAUAUAAUAGAUCGGAAUAAUCAAAUAUUUACUGCUCGCGCGCUAUUGGAUAACGGCAGUCAACAUAGUUUUAUUUCAGAAAAAUUAUUUAAACGUUUUAAUACGAAACCUAUACAGUCCACUAUACGUAUAUCGGGUGUUGGUAUGUCUACAAUGCAAUCGAAUAAAUCGUGCGAAAUAAUUAUACGUUCUAAGAUAAACGAUUAUAGUACAAAGGUGCGGUGCUACAUUUUGCAGCACAUUACGUCUAGUUUGCCUACGACAAACAUUGAUAAUAAAUUUAUACGUAUUCCUAAUAAUAUUCGUCUUGCGGAUCCAUCAUUUAAUAUUUCCUCGGCUAUCGAUUUACUAAUCGGUGCUGAUUUAUUCUGGGAAUUAUUAUUAAACGAUAAUAGAAUUCGAUUAGAAAGGGGACCUUACCUCCAAAAUUCUAAAUUAGGAUGGUUAUUGUGUGGGCCGCUUUAUACGUCGCAAUUAAAAGACAGUGAAACCGAUCACGUUUAUUGUAAUUUUACUCAAGCUUUAGACGACAAUUUAAAACGUUUCUGGGAGUUAGAAAACGUAUCUCAGUCCUGUAAUAUUCUUACUGCUGAUGAGCGUAUAUGCGAGGAUCUAUUUAAAAAUACGACUAAACGAGACAUCGAUGUAUGUCUGACUAAAGCAAGUCCUUUCAGCUUUCUUACGUUGAAUGCCUUUCUCAUGGAUGCCAGGGAACGCUUUGGUGCCUAUCCCAGCAAUGCAAAUGGAGGAGACGAUUGCCUCUCGCCGCUCUUAUUCAAGACUUUAAUAAAGCCAAGUCCUAAGACGGUGAAAAAUUCAUUCAAU